AGCAGGUGUGUUGGCUGUAAAUGUAAAAGGUUGGUUGAAGGAAAUUAUGAAAUUUUAAUAGAAAAUCUAAGGUAGUUUGACCUCGCAAAUCCUUCACAUGGAAAAAGUAGCAUCAAGAAUUUAAUACAAAUUGAACAAAUAAGGCAGUACAGUCCAAGUGCCUUUAUAAUUGUAAUCUAUUAGCAGUAACUUUAUUUAGAUUCUGGAAAAAAGUUAUGAUCCUGCCAUUGCAAAAUGUCCAAAGAUGCCUCAGGUUUCCUGGCACAAUUUUCAAAUUGCACCCAUUACUUCGUUUUAUUUGUUAACAAAUUUAUUAACAAUUCUUCAAAAGAAAGAAAAAAAAAAAAAAAAAAAAGAAGAAAGCAAGAUAGUUGUGCAAGUGUCUCGUUUAGUUGGCAUAGACGACAAACUCAUGAGGUACAGAACCACAAGGAUCUGGCAAGAAAACCAUUCAGCAAUAAUAGUAUUGAUUUUAGCAGAUUAAUCAUUAAUUAUUGCAAGAGAUUGGAGAGGAUGGAACGAAUGACUGGAAGGCCAAGCGAUGGCUAUGGGAGGGGCAAAUCUAGGUUUCGUGGAGUCGUAAGGAAUGGUGCCACAGGGAAAUGGCUGGCAAAGAAAGGAUCUACUAGAGGCUGCUUCUUGGGAUCAUAUGAAACGGAAGAGGAAGCUGCAGUUGCAUUUGAUGUAGGAUGUAUAAAGCAAUAUGGAUACCAAGCCAUCACCAACUAUGAUUUGAGGUGUUAUGACGUCGAAUCCAUCCUCAAGGCCCAUCAAUUAUUCCUGCAGCAACAAGCAGCAAUGCUGGCAAUGCAAAGGGCAAGGCUUUCCGCAAUGCAGAAGCAGCAGCAGCCUCUGAAAAGGCCUAUAGCCAGUCACCUUGACAUAGUACCUAGAAACUUGGCAACACCAGAACAGAGAAGCCAGUUUGAGAUUUGGGCACAAGAAACUGCAAGGAAAGAGCUUGCGCAAGCAUCGAACUUCUCCAGUUUCCAGCAUGGAGAGUUUAGCCCAUUCAGCUCCUACCAAGAGUCGCGAAGCUCUUUUCUAGGGUUCAGGCAUGGAAGUUCUGCUAGUCAAUUUGAAGCCUGCAUUCCUGGUGGUCAGUGCUCUCAUAAAACACUGGACACUGUUCCCUUGCUGGGUCCAUAUCAGCUUAGCGCAGGGAUCGAAAUGCGGUUGAGGGCUCAAGGAUUGGGAUUCGAACAUGCAGCCUCGAGUAGUUUCAAGCCUUAUGCCAAAGAAUCUGGAAACAAAAUGAAAGGAAAGGUUACUAAUUUCUAAAUAUUUAGAUUUCCGGACCUGCAGCAGCUAUGGGGCAAUUUAGUGUUUCAUUUGCAUAAAAAGACGAAGCAAUGUUUGUAAUAAUUAAGCUGGUUGGUACCUAAUAAUUUUGCCUCUGUCCUCUCAAAGAACAAUUAUCAAAUACUGGACUUGGACAGCAAUGUUAGAAUUGCUAAGGAAAAUUUGUGCUUCUGAAUGGACUAUAAAUGAAAAAUAAUUUAUAAACAAAAUU